AGUGGCAGUUGUAGUGGCAGGUUUGUCAGUGGGAGCUAUGGAAGGAGAAUGAGUACAGGAAGUUUUCCUGUAAGCAGCUAUGAUGGCUACACUCAGUUUGGAUAUGGUGAUGGCCUCAUUGAAGUUGGCGGUGGUAUAGUUGGUAACAUCAUUGGUGGGAUGGGUGGUGAUCCAGGUGUUUGUGGCGUCAUUUUCUCUUCUAUUGAUGGGAAAGUGAUCAUGCAGAACCUCAACGAUCGUCUGGCCAGUUAUAUGGAUAAAGUGCGAUGUCUGGAAGCCGGAAAUGCUGAGCUUGAAACCAAAAUUGAAGAUUUCUUAGCCCAGAAUGGACCCAUUGGUGAGCCAAAGGACUAUAGCCACUAUUAUCAACAGAUUGAGGAGCUUAAAAACCAGAUUAUUUGUUCAUCUGUGCAGAACAACAAGAUCCUUCUUAAGAUAGACAACAGCCAGAUGAAUGUUGAAGACAUGAAACAGAAGCUUGAGACAGAAUAUGGCCUUCGUCAGAAUGUGGAGGCUGACAUUAAUGGGUUACACCCCAUUCUGGACCAACUGACCCACUGUAAGUCUGACUUGGAGGUUGAAUUUGCUUCACUGCAAGAGGAAAUUUUUAAUCUUAAGAAGUCCCAUGAAAAGGAACUGAAGUCUUUAAAAAGACAGACAAGUAAAGUCAAUGUCAAAGUCAGCUCCUGCCCUGGACCGGAUCUGAAGAAAAUCCUGGAGGAUAUGAGAUACAAGUAUGAAGCAAUGAUCGAUUUGAACUGCAAGGAGGUCGCAGAGUGGUAUGAAAGAAAGCUUGAGGAGGUGAACCAGGAAGUCUGCAUCAACAGCAAAGAAAUUGAGGAUGGCAAACAGAAGCUCAUUGACCUGAAGCGCCAGCUGCAAGCCUUAGAGAUUGACCUCCAAGCUCAGUGCAAUCUGAGAGACACGCUGCAAGCAUCAUUGGCCGAGACAGAAUGUUGCUACAAUGCCCAGCUAGCCGAAAUACAGGGCUAUAUCUUGUGCACAGAGCAGCAACUGGAAGAGCUGCGCUUGGAAAUGGAAGACCAGAGCCAAGAAUACAAAGAGCUUCUGAAUGUUAAAAAUCGGCUCGAGCAAGAGAUCGAGACCUACCGCAGCCUGCUAGAAGAAGGGCAGCAAGACCACAUGGGAGGAAGGGGAACAGGAAUCACCCACCCAUCUUCAGCUGGGAGCGCAGGAAGAACAAGUUCUCAGUCUACCAAACGACAACCAAGCCAAGCCACAUACCACCAUUAG